AUGCAAGUAGAGUAUAAAUUCGAUGUGGAUUAUGCUAAAAGUAAUCGAUCCAAGUGUAAUAAAUGCAGGACGGAAAUCAGUCAAAAUUCUCUUCGUAUCGCUAUACUAGUGCAGGCACCAAAUUUUGAUGGUAAAAUUCCUCGAUGGUUCCAUUACCAUUGUUUUUGGAAUUCGAAAAAAAUUAUGGAAAGUACUGCUGAAAUUAAAAAUUUCGAUUCUAUCCGAUGGGAAGAUCAAGAGAAAAUUAGAACUGCAAUCAAUAAUAGAAGUGGUAUUUCAAAGCCAGUUAAAACUCCUAAAUUUGCUGUGAAGUUAUCCGAUAGUGAUCUGUCAUGCACUCAUUGCCAAAAACCAUUAAAACAGGAACGUCAUACAGUAUGUGGAUCCGGUAAAAAGCCAACAUUUAUGUCUCAUCUAUCUUGUUUCCUCAAAAGUAAUGAAUGUCCAGAGGAUAUAUCACAACUUAUAGGUUUUCGUAAAUUGUCAUCUGUUGACCAGGAUGCUGUUGUUUUGGCAUUUUCUGAAAAUUCCAAGGAAAAUCGUAAACGUCCUGGACAAAAAAUUGAACCAGAUUCAAAAUUGAAAAAGCCUAAAUUAGAAGAAAAUGCUGAACAGGAUGAAUUACGCAAACAAAAUAAACUAUUAUGGAGUUUACGUGAUAAAUUAGAAAAUCAAGUCUCAAAAGAAGCAUUAAUUGGCCUCUUGGAAUACAAUAAACAACAUAUUCCAUCUGGUUUAUCUCGUCUAUUAGAUGCAGUGGCUGAUGCAAUGAUUUUUGGUGCUUUAUCAUUAUGUCCUAGUUGUAAAAAUGGUCCAUUACAUUAUAAUAAUGGACAGUAUAAAUGUAGUGCAAUGGCCACGGAAUGGGUCCAGUGCCUUUAUCAAACACGUAUACCGGAUAGGAAAAAAUUUAAAAUUCCACAAGAAUAUUAUGAUGUUGAUUUUUUAAAGAAUUACAAAUAUAUCAAACGUACUCGAUUAUUUCCACCAGAUUCUGUAUCGGAUGUCACAGGUCCAUUGACUGGUUUAUUUUUCUACAUUACAAAUGGACCAUUUAAUCAGAGUGGACAAACAAAAGAACAAUUAAUACGUACCAUAGCUAAUUUAGGCGGUGCUAUUGUAACUAAAGCUCGUCCAUUGAAAGUUGAAAAAUUGGAGAAGAAAGAGUUGAACAACUCCUCAUCAUCGAUAAAUGCUAAUACUGAACAAGAAAUUAUGCGAUUGACACUGAAAAAUGGUGCAGUAGUUGAUCCACAAUCUGAACUAGUCGAUAAAGCUUCGGUAUUGAAAGAUGAAACAGGUGAAUUAAUGACAGCUGUAUUAGGGAUGGUUGAUUUAAUUAAAGGAUCUAAUUCAUUUUACAAACUGCAAGCACUUCAAUCGGAUAAAUCAUCACGUUGUUGGAUAUUUCGUGCAUGGGGUCGUAUUGGUACAUCGAUUGGCGGCAGUAAAACAGAAUCAUUCCCUAAUGCCAACUCGGCUCGUUCAAUGUUUAAAGAGAUUUAUUUUCAUAAAACUGGAAAUGAAUGGGAGAAUCGUAAAAAUUUUCAUAAAAUACCACAUAAAUUUUAUGAACUGGAAUUAGAUUAUAAUUCUUCAAAGAAUAAUGAAAUUCAAACUAUCAGUAAUAUACCAAGUCAAUUACAUCCAGCUAUACAAUCACUUUUGCAAUUUAUUUGUGAUGUUAAAUCUAUGGAGAAGACAAUGGCUGAAUUUGAACUUGAUUUAAAAAAAAUGCCAUUAGGUAAAUUAUCUAGUAAUCAAAUUCAUGAAGCUUACAGUGUAUUGAAUACACUAAGUAAAUUACUUCAUUCAACAUCAACAAAAUCACAAUCUUUAUCUUCAUUGAAUCAAACUCAAUUACUUAGUGAAUCUACCCAUUUCUACACGCUGAUUCCACAUGAUUUCGGUAUGCAUAAACCACCAUUAUUAAAUAAUAAAAAAAUUAUUACACAAAAAAUUCAUAUGUUAGAAGAUUUACUGGAAAUUGAAUUAGCUUAUAAAAUGUUACAAACUAAGGGCGAUGCAAAGCGGAAUCCUUUGGAUGAACAUUAUGAUCAGCUGCAUACGAAAUUAGAGCCUUUAGAUAGUACAUCUGAAGAAUAUCAACUAAUAUUGAAUUAUGUCCGUGAAACACAUGGUGCUACACAUACACAAUAUACAUUAGAAGUAUUAAAUAUAUUUGAAGUCAAUCGUGAUGGUGAAGACAGUCGUUUUGCUAAAUGUAAAAUUGCUCAACAUAAUAAACAACUGUUAUGGCAUGGUUCACGUCAAACGAAUUGGAUGGGUAUAUUAUCUCAAGGUUUACGUAUUGCACCGCCUGAUGCUCCAGUCACUGGUUAUAUGUUUGGUAAAGGUAUUUAUUUUGCUGAUAUUGUCAGUAAAUCCGCAAAUUAUUGUUUUACAACACAAUCUCAACCGGAAGGUCUCCUACUAUUGUGUGAAGUUAUUCUAGGUGAUAUUAAAGAAUGUUUAGAAGCGGAUGCAAGUGAUUUACCGUCAAAGUAUCAUAGUCGUAAAGGUAUUGGAUCAGUUACACCGGAUCCAUCGACAUUUCAUACGAAUAAAGAUGGUGUUGUUUAUCCUAUCGGUAAACCAAUUGAUUCCAACAUACCAAAUACCACUUUAUGUUAUAAUGAAUACAUUGUCUAUCAUGUAUCACAAGUAAAACAAAAAUAUUUAGUUCGUGUGAAAUUCCAUUACAAAUGAACAAUUAAUUAGAAAAGACGAAAGUUUUUAUGAUGAAGAAUUCAUUUCCUCAGUUGAUUUUUAAUCCCAAAUUCAUUCUUUAACAAUUUGUGGUAUUUUGGUUCAUAAGUGUGUGUGUGUGUGUGUGUGUGUUGAUUCAUCUCGGUGUUUGUGUAGAUCAUCGUUUAGUUUGUUUGAAUAAUUUUCCGGUGUUGAUUUUUUUGUUGCAUUUAGGAUAAAGAGUAUUAUUAUUAUUAUUAUUAUUA